AUGAACGCUGUUGAUUUUCAUAAUUCCACUGAAUUUUUUUUCAAUUACGGUAAUUAUAUUGAACAGCUUAAGAAUAACCAAAGUUCAUCUUCCGAAAUUGAAAAUCGCAAGCUACGUCGGAAUCGCACUGCCUUUACGGAAAGCCAACUUGACCAGUUGGAAAAGUGUUUUAUAGACUGUCAGUAUCCAGAUGUUAACGUUAGGGAAAAGUUGGCUAGAGAAACACAGUUGCCAGAAGCAAGAAUUCAACAUUCGAAAUUACUUUUCUGA